AUGUCGCUCAGCGCGCUGCUGGACCGCGCCCAGGAUGCCAUCUUCGCCCUCUCAUCCUGCCUCCCCUGCGGCCCCACCACGUCCAACCUCAAGCUAAACGGCCGCACCUUCUCCAUCGUAAAGCUCCUCGGCGAAGGCGGCUUCUCGUUCGUCUACCUCGUCAAGGACGUCGACAGCGGCCGCAUCUUUGCCCUCAAAAAGAUCCGCUGCUCCUACGGCUCCUCGUCCUUCCGCGAGGCCAUCAAGGAGGUCGAGGCCACAAAACGCUUCCGCUGCCAAAACGUCAUCCAGGUCCUCGACAGCUGCGUCGUGCAGGACCACGCCGCAGAACGCAGCGGUCUCGGAAACAUCCCCGCUGCAGAGGGCGGCGAAGAGGGCGGCAAGGUCAUCUACAUCUUCCUCCCCUUUUACGAGCGCGGCAACCUCCAGGACGCCAUCGCCGCCCACGUCGUCCGCGGCACCCGAUUCGGCGAGAGGGAGAUGCUCCUCCUCUUCCAGGGUACCUGCCAGGGCGUCCGCGCCAUGCACAAGUACCGCCUGCCCGACGUCGGAGCCAAGCGCAACCGCUCCGCCGGCAGCACCGCCGCGCCGUCCAUGGAGCCCCCGAGGGACGUCGAGGGCCAGCAGGACCCGUUUUCCGACGACAACCACGCCGAGAGGCCGCUCAUUGACGGACAAGAGGUCGAAGAGGAAGGCGCCGGCUCCUAUCCGCCCAGGCCGAGUGCCGGCGGCGGCGGCGGCAGUGGGGGAAACGGCAAGGGCAAGGCCAGGGAAACGGCUCUCGAUGGACAGGGCGGCGACGCCGACGACGAGGGUCAGGGCGGAGAGCCGAUCCCCUACGCGCAUCGCGACAUCAAGCCAGGCAACGUCAUGAUCUCGGACGACGGGCGCACGCCGGUGCUGAUGGACUUUGGGUCGACGAUCAAGGCGCGCGUGCGCAUCACGUCGCGGCGCGAAGCCGUGGCGCACCAGGACUAUGCGGCCGAGCGCUCCUCGAUGCCCUACCGCGCGCCCGAGCUCUUCGACGUGCCCACCGACUGCACCCUGACCGAGGCCGUCGACAUCUGGUCGCUCGGCUGCAUGCUCUUCGCCCUCGCCUACCUCCACUCGCCGUUUGAGACGACCCAGACGAUAGAGCAGGGCGGCUCCAUCGCCCUCGCCGUCCUCAACGGUUCCUACAAGUUCCCGCCAGCGGCAGAGGACCCGUACUCGGACGCGACGCGCGAGAUUAUCCGCAGGUGCAUCAAGGUCAAGCCAGACGAGCGGCCCGACAUCGACGAGGUCCUCGCCCUCACGGCGACGGCGUUGCGCGGGCUAGAGUGA